UGUUAGAGGUUCUGCGGUUUAGAGUUUAAUCCAAGAGAAAAGAGGGGAGUCAGGACGACUCAACAGAUCACUACUAAAAACGGAGAACGCAAACAGGUCCGCAACUAGAUGCGAUAAAAACAACCGGGGGAAAAACUUUUUGGAUAACAGUUACAGCGUGAAAGAGAAACUGGAAAUUCAAAGAACAUUUUCUUUCCUCUCGCAUUUCCUGGCUCUGCUGAUUUUCAUCUCCGGCAGAAAUUGACAGCAGCUGGGGUCGCUCCUAUAACCAAGGACACAGAAUUCAGCAUUUUCUUUCCCCAGACACACCGAACUUCCCCUGCCUCCCCAUUCCCCAGAGUAUAUGUGACUCUACACGUUAGGGACGAUUUUUUUUAGACCGGCUCUCCUUGCUUUACACAGGAGCAGCCAUUUACUUUCUCUGUUAACCGAGACGUAGCUAGCCUGCUAGCUAACUCUAUUAGCUAGGUGGUUAGCUACGCGUAGGAAUUACAUCUGGUUUUGGUGAGCAAAGACACUUCGGACGAUGUCGACCAAGGACCAGAACAAACUCUCCACCAUUGAGCGGCCCAUUAAAGCGGUGCCGUAUCCCCCCACGACGCGCCUCACCAUGAAGGAGCUCUAUGAGGACGGUCGGCCCAAGGUGGAGCUGCUGAAGGCUCACCUGCUGAAGGAGGGACGGCUGGAGGAGGACGUAGCACUGCGCAUCAUCAACGACGGAGCCAACAUCCUGCGCCAUGAGAAGUGCAUGCUGGAGGUGGAGGCGCCUAUUACAGUGUGUGGAGACGUUCAUGGACAGUUCUUUGACCUGAUGAAACUGUUCGAGGUCGGUGGUUCCCCCAAUAACACGCGCUAUUUAUUCUUGGGCGAUUAUGUGGAUCGAGGUUACUUCAGCAUCGAGUGUGUGCUGUAUCUGUGGGCCCUGAAGAUCAACCACCCCACCACACUCUUCCUCCUCCGAGGAAACCACGAGUGCCGGCACCUCACAGAGUACUUUACCUUCAAACAAGAGUGCAAAAUAAAGUAUUCGGAGCGUGUGUAUGACGCGUGUAUGGAGGCGUUUGACUGUUUGCCUCUGGCCGCACUGUUGAAUCAGCAGUUCCUGUGUGUGCACGGGGGCCUGUCUCCCGAAAUCACCUGCCUCGACGACAUUCGCAAGUUAGACCGGUUUAAGGAGCCGCCAGCUUUUGGGCCAAUGUGUGACCUGCUCUGGUCAGAUCCUGGUGAGGAUUACGGCAGUGAAAAAACACAGGAGCACUUCUGUCACAACAGUGUGAGAGGCUGUUCUUACUUCUACAGUUAUCCUGCUGUGUGUGAUUUCCUGAUGAACAAUAACUUGUUGUCGAUAAUCCGAGCGCACGAAGCCCAGGACGCAGGGUACCGAAUGUACAGAAAAAGCCAGACGACAGGAUUCCCAUCAUUAAUCACAAUCUUCUCAGCACCAAACUACUUAGAUGUUUAUAAUAAUAAAGCUGCUGUGUUGAAAUAUGAGAAUAACGUCAUGAAUAUCCGUCAGUUUAACUGCUCCCCUCAUCCAUACUGGCUGCCGAACUUCAUGGACGUUUUUACGUGGUCUUUGCCUUUUGUCGGAGAGAAAGUGACGGAGAUGCUGGUGAAUGUGUUGAACAUUUGCUCUGAUGAUGAGCUCAUGUCAGAAGGAGACGACACCUGUGAAGGUGGUGCUCCGGCUGUCCGUAAGGAGGUGAUCAGGAAUAAGAUUCGUGCCAUUGGCAAAAUGGCCCGAGUUUUCUCUAUACUUAGGGAGGAGAAUGAGAGUGUGUUACAGCUGAAGGGUUUGACCCCCACUGGGACGCUGCCACUCGGGGUGCUUUCUGGAGGCAGGCAGACGCUGCAGAGCGCCACCGUAGAAGCAGCCGAGGCCCGAGCUAUUCAAGGCUUCAACCCUCAGCACAAGAUCCAGAGUUUCGAGGAGGCUCGCGGUUUGGACCGGAUAAACGAAAGAAUGCCUCCGCGAAAGGACUCGACGGCCAACUCCAUCAACGCCGACAAGAACGGCACCAACGCACAGGCGUAGUUUCCCUCUCGCUCUAUCCAUGUCACCCCCCAACCCCCAACCCCAACCCCCCUUCUCCUGCUCAUCUUCAAUUCACUUCUGGACCGUUUUGUGAGAGAACGGCACCAACACACAGGCGUAUUCCCACUCCAGGUCAAAAAAAUACAUCCUCCUCUCUCUUUCUCUCCUUCAUCCUCUCUCCCUCCAUGAAAUUUCUCUCGGAGAAAACGGCACAACACCGUUGAAAAAAAAUCAUGUUUUUUUUUAUUUAUUUAUUGAUAUAUGAUAAAAAAUUAAGUAUAUAAUGUUGGGAAAAAUCAAGAUAAAUAAAUAACAAUUACAAUGAGUAUUCAAAGAGUAUAAAACACAGUAUGUAUAAAUAUAUAAAUAGCCUUGGAUUGGUGUCAUCACAGUUAAAAUCCAUUUUGUAAUUUUUACUUCAUAAUUGAUUUGAUUUUUUUUUUUUUUUUUUUUUUUUUUUUUUUUUUUUUUUUUUUUUUUUUUUUAUUUGGAAAUCAGCCAAGACUUUUUAUUUUAGAAAAAUAUUGCGCAUGCUUGGCAAGUCAGCACUCAAAUAUAGUGCAGAUAUUUGUGAGUUCCCAAGAUAAACAUGAAGUCUUGGAUUAGGGACACACAUUUUCAAAAAAAAAAAAAAAAAAAAGCGUUCAUUAGUGAAAUGCUUCUGUAUUUAAAAAAAAAAAAAAAAAAAAAAAAAAAAAAAGCCAAUGAUGGAGCGCAUGGCUGACUUAAAUGUUCACACGCUGAUAUGUAGGUGUGUACAUUUUAAAGUGUUCCUACACUUGAAUGUUUUGGAUUUGAUUUUUUUUGGGGGGGGAUUAUUUUUCUUUAAAUCUGACAGUCCAGUUUGGAAAUCGGUGGACAAAGCGAAGCAACGCAAUCACAGAAACUUGGAGAAUUGAGUGAGAAUAUGUGUGUGUACGUGUGUGUGUUUCUCCCAUCACACACCACUCAUGCCUGCUCAGUAGAUGUUUGCUGAUGUUGGUUAGACAGGAUAUGAUGAUAGGAUGCAGCAGUGAUUCCUUAUUUUGGACAAAUUUGGAGUGUCAAAUGUGUCCUUCUCCAAAAAAAAAAAAAAAAAAGGAAAUUCAGAAAAACACAAAUCACAUGAUGACAGUGAGUGAUGCCAUGAUUGCAGUAACUACCUAACCCGAACAGGUACACUUUUUGAAAAAAGGGUACUAAUCUGCACCUUUUCUUGGCCCUGUGGUGGAAAUGUCAAGCGUACAUUUUUUUUUUUUUUUUAAUAUAUACUUUCAGUGUGUGGCUUGUACCUCGAAAGGUGCAUGUAGUCUAGCUUUAAAUCUUUCCCCAAAAAAAUAAUUACAGUCCAAACAUACAUAUUAUUAAAGAUGUGAAAGAUAAGGCAGCAAGGUAAAGUUUAAUACCCUUUUUUUUUUUUCCUUUUCAAGAGUGUGUAAUUAAAGGUAAUAUUUUUCUAAAUAAGAGAUCAUAUUUCAUCACAUAAAUCAUCAUAUGUCUACUGCACAAUGCAGAGCUGUUUAGUUAGAUCAGAUUACUGAGUUAGUAAUGAAUUAUUAUAUGACCGUUUUGGGGAACAGACUUCUGGUUUAGGAUUUAGAACAAAAAGGGGAGGGAUCAGCAAGUUAAAAAAUUAAAUAAAUAAAUUUAGCAUGCAUGCCUUACUUUCAUCAAAUUUCCCAUAAUGCCAUGUUCUUCCUGCCUCUUUUCAUUAUUUUUCCUUCUUCCUUUUUUUUUUCAAUCUAAAUAGUAUACUGUUGUAUCUGCUGUACUGUUGUUAUUAUUAUUAUUAUUAUUAUUAUUAUUAUUAUUAAUGCAAAGCCAGUUUCAGUGACACUCCAGUGACACUUUAGGAUUCAUAAGGUGGGCUAUUUUUUCCCAUUUUUUUUUUGUUUCGUUUUGUUUUUCCCUCUGUUCACUUUGCACUCAUGCUUGUUAACUUGGACAUCAGGGACCAAUUCCCUCACUGAAGCUAUGAUCAGCUGAAUGACGUUCUGUGUUUCUUUUUUUUUUUUUUUUUUUUUUUUUUAAACUGACACUUUCAUUGUUGUCUCUCACUUUGAGACUCAUUAAUAGGUUUAAGCUUUAGGAUGUCUGUCCGUGACUGGUUUGUGCAUUUUGUAAGGCAUAUGAGUAAUGAUGAUGACCACCAGAGCCAGAGGAGACAAUGAAGGAAGUUUCAACAUCACUCAGCUGUUAGAAUUACUCCAAAUAAAGUUUAUAAGGCGAUCAAGCUUUUAUUACUCACUUAAAGGUCAGUCAAGUAUCUAGUGUCAACUCUGAUGGAUAGAAUCAGUCUGCUAAAUGGCUGAGACAUUUGCACAGAUGAAACCUCAAACCUGUUUCCAAAGGAACUGUCUCAUCCAAAAAAGAGAUGAAUUGUAUUAUAGGAGCCACAGAGCAGUGCAUUGUGGGAAGUGCUGCAAACCCACAAGCACUAAAAGGUUGUUGGCUAAAAUCAGAAAUCAAGCACUGGGAAAAGAAAAAAAAAAAUUGUGGGUUUUUUUCCUUUUCUUUUUCUCCAUGUUUGCCAGUUGUGUUGUACCUGUUCUCUACAAAAUGGGUCCGCAGAAUCCAAAGGCUUUUGUUGUUGUUUAUUUUUCUGUUAUUUUAUUUCCCUCCCCUCCUUGUCUGAUGUAAAGGGGAACUGUGGCGUGGUGUGUGUGACCGUAUUUAGGGCUUUUUUGCAUUUUGCGUUAUUAAGGAGUUGAAUGGAGAGAUGCUCCGUCUCAGGAGGGCUUCAUUUCUGACUUCUGUUAUGGAUUCCAAACAUAUCUUACAGAAUGUACAGAAAAUUAAUGUCUAUUAGGAUUUUUAUUUCUUAAUAGCUGAUAAAAGAUCUUUUUUUUUUUUUUUUUUUUUUUUUUUGUCAAGUACUUGUAUUGGAAGGCCUCAACAAAUCUUGAUUUAUGUAGAAGUAUCACAGCAUUAGAGGAAAAAAAAACAAAAAGAAACUAAAAAGAAAUAUAUAAAAAGUUGGGGAAAAGAAA